UAGCCAUACACGAUGAACAUGUUCGGCGAACAUGUUCGUUUGCGUUAGCCCACACACGACAAACACAACGACGAACAUUCAUUUCGGGACGAUUGUUCAAGAGAGAAGGAUGUCUAAAAGAGAAGCGCAAGUAGUUGCCCUUAUGGCAAUUUAUUUAUGUGAAAAAAAUAAAAACAAAACAAAAAACAAUAAAAGGUUGUGGAUGAAAGACUGGCUUCAAAAACGUUAUAUUCGUUCUCAUGUUAAUUUAUUGAGAGAACUGGAGGUAACAUCACACGAAGAUUUAAAAAAUUUUUUGAGAAUGGAAGCCAAAACGUAUAGAGAGCUUCUUUACAAAGUUACACCUUUAAUAAUUAAAAAAGAUACUGUUAUGAGAGAUGCCAUAACGCCUGAUGAAAGGUUAUCUGCAACUUUGCGAUUCCUCGCCACUGGACAAAGCUACGAAGAUCUCAAAUUUCUAACAAAUAUUUCCGCACAAUGCCUGGGAAAAAUAAUAAUUGAAACGUGUGAAGCAAUUAUUUCGGAAUUAAAAGAUUUUAUUAAGAUGCCAAAUAAUGCACAGGAGUGGAAGGAAGUUGCGAGCGAUUUUGAAAAUAAAUGGAAUUUUAACCAUUGCAUUGGUGCUCUGGAUGGGAAACACGUGAACAUAGUUAAACCAACUAAAUCUGGGUCUUACUACUUCAAUUAUAAAAAACAAUUUAGCAUUGUCAUGAUGGCGCUGGUGAACGCAAAUUAUGAAUUUUUGGGAAUAGAGGUUGGUAUUAAUGGACGAGCUUCUGAUUCUGGUGUAUUUGGACAGUCACAAUUGAAAUACAAUUACGAUGAAGGUCUUCUCAACCUGCCUGAACCAGAAAAACUUCCAUUAUCUGACGAUGUGCUUCCUUAUGUCAUAGUUGGAGAUGAUGCGUUUCCUCUUUUGGAAAACCUUAUGAAGCCAUACAGUCGACAUCAUUUAACAAAACAGGAGCGAAUUUUCAACUAUAGGUUGUCUCGAGCACGUCGAAUAGUGGAAAAUGCAUUUGGAAUAUUGGCUAACCGUUUCCGAGUUCUACACACAACAAUUAAUUUAGCUCCUGACAAAGCUGCUAUAAUAACACUUGCAUGCUGUUAUUUACAUAAUUUUUUGAUAAAAAAAAAUUUGUGUUACUUGAAUAAAUAUGAAUAUAAUGAAACUAAUUGUUCAACUGAUGAUAAAAGUGCUAUUUUAACAGAUUUGCAGCCAAUAAAUAGUGGCAAUAUAACCGUAAACGCAGCUAAUAUUCGCCACAAAUUUUGUUCUUAUUUUAACACUAUUGGAAGUGUAGAUUGGCAAGAUAAAUAUGUAUAAAUUUAAAAUUAUGAAAUUAUGAAAUAAAAAGAUAAAAAAAAUUACCGUUUCUGUCUCAUCGUAAGUGUUAAUCCCAUCAAGUUGAGUUUCUUGAUCCCGCAAGAAAUCCAUGUUAUUGAAGUACCAUAAAUUUGGCACGUAUACUUCUUCGGGACUUGCUCCAGAUUUUUCACUUUUUUUUAUUUUGCUUAGCUCCCUUCUGUACGAGGAUCUAAGCGCGUUAUAUUUUUUUUUUACAUUGUCCAAAGUGGCACUUUUGUCAAAAUCCUUAUAUUUUUGUAGGAGGUUUUCCCAAGCUUUGUUUUUUUCAAUUUUAUUUUUAUAUUUUUCGCUUUUCGUAUCCCAGAUAGCAACCUCAUUGUGCAGUAAUUCCAAAAACUCCUCUAUAAAAAUGUGACUUGCAGUUGCCAUCUUCCGCGAUGUUCACUCGACAACAUUCAUAUGAGAAAUGAGAAUUUGUUCGCGAACAUCGCCAUAUACGACGAACAUGACAGCUAACGAACAUGAAAAAAUCGAAAAUUUUCGCCAACAGCGAGCGGUUCGCAUACAAG